AGCGGCGCGCGGCUGAGUGGAAACAGAGCGCUGGCGGUGCGGGAGCGCGCGCGGUCCGGUUCAGCCUCCCUCCAGGGUAAAGCCGCUUCAGUCCAGCUGCGGACUCAUAUUCAUGGACCUCAACUAGACAGCCGGAUUAGUUAUUUCUCCUCCUUCUUCUUUCCCUCUUUACUUUUUAUUCAUUUGCUUUGGAUUUGCUGAACGCAGUCUUUCUGCUAAAAUGGCUGAGAUUGCGAGUCUGAGCCCAACCUAUGAGGUGUCCCCAGUCUUGGCAGGAUUUCUUGGUGCGGGUGUCCUGGUCGUCACAGUGACGGUGGUGAUCUUCCUCUGGACUUGCUGCCAGCGUCAGUAUCGCAGAAUGACGUUUAAGUUAAGCAACGGCCCAUUCGACUCACCCACCGACCCACCGUUAAAGUUCAUCCACAUGCUCAAGGGCAUCAGCAUCUACCCUGAGACCCUCAGCAAUGCCAACAAGAUCAUACGAGUGGGCCGGAAGUCAUCAGCAUGGCAGCGGAGUCACGAUUCUGACGUUGAGGGUCAUGCGCAUUUGCAGAUGAACCACCUGGUACCCCCAAAGCUGGAGCGAGCGCUGCCAAUCCGGGCCAAUUACUGCUGUUCUGAAAGCAGCAGCAGCUGUGACUCGUCCAAUAAGACCCUGACUCCGUUCAGCCUUGACUCGCCCUCAUUAGGCACUCUAGAUCUCGCCAUUGACUACAACUUCCCCAAAAAGGCGCUGGUGGUGACGAUUGUAGGUGCACGAGGUCUCCCAGCCAUUAAUGAGCAGACAGGCAGCUCAGACCCAUAUGUGAAGAUGAGCAUCCUGCCUGAGAAGAAGCAUCACGUAAAGACCCGUGUGAUGAGGAAGACCCUGGAGCCAUCGUUUGACGAGACGUUUACCUUCUAUGGUGUUUCCUUCAGUGCCCUGGCUGACCUGACACUGCAUUUCCUGGUGCUGAGCUUCGACCGCUUUGCCCGUGAUGACGUAAUUGGAGAGGCGUUGGUGUCGCUGUCGGGCGUCGAGCUUAGCGCAGGCAAAGUGCACAUCAGCCAACAGAUCACCAAGAGGAACGUACAGUGCGGGAGACGCGGUGAGCUGCUGGUGUCUCUGUCCUACCAUCCUGCCACACACAGACUGAAUGUGGUGGUGCUGAAAGCCAAACAUCUUCCCACCAUGGACAUCACCAGCCUGCCAGGCAACCCGUACGUGAAGGUAAACGUGUUCUACGGCCGCAAGCGCAUCGCCAAGAAGAAGACGCAUGUGAAGAAGUGCACGCUGGAGCCCGUCUUUAACGAGUCGUUCGUGUACGACGUACCCGCCGAGCUCAUGGCCGACAUCUCGGUCGAGUUCCUGCUCAUCGACUUCGACCGCACUGCUAAGAACGCCGUCGUGGGCCGUCUGGUGCUGGGGGGUCAGAGCCCGACGCCGUCCGGCGUCACACACUGGAGGGAAGUGUGUGACAACCCGCGGCGGCAGAUCGCCAAGUGGCACAACCUGUCCGAGUUCUAACAGUCUACAUCACUUUCCCUUGAUCGCUUGACGAUAAAGAUAGCAACCCGUCUCUUACCCUUCUCUCAUGUAGGUGUAUCCUUGCCUGAAUAUGUGUGUGCGCGCGUGUGUGUGUGUGUCAGGAAGCAGCCUGAAGACCGUAAUCGGGCCCUGAAGUUACACAGAUUUUACUUGAAUAAAACCUGUGUCUCAUUCGGAAGGACGCUGCCUACAUAGGCUCCAUUCUCCUGCAGUUCUUGCGCUCCUAUCCGGAAGACAAACUCGAGGACCGCCGUCUACCGAGGUCCCUUAUUUUGGACAAUUGAAGAAAAACAUGGCAGACUAAUCCAGUCUGAGUCACUGAUGUAAUAUUAUGAUGGCACCACCACCUGUGAUUACCUCCUUUGGUGAAGAUUUCCAAGAAUCUCAAAGGACGUCCUCCAAUUGAAUUGAAUUGAAUUGAAUUGAAUUGAAUGAAUUCGGCUUUGCAAACGAAACAAAAACCAAAACGAUUCUCAUCAGAUACUCAACUCGUGUUCGGAUUGUAUCUGCUUACCGCUUGGAUCCAUUCAGAAGGUGACGUCAAGACACAAAGUCUCCUAAAUGUCCGUUGUUUUGGACGCAGCCAGCGAUGGCGUGGUGAAAAAUCUGUGCUUUGUUUUGGUUUGAAUGAAUUAUUCUGAGUUCUGUAAACAGCGCACAUCAGUUCAUGAGUCAUUAUAGUCUCUUCUAGUCUUUUAUGCUACUUGCCUUGCAUGGGCCAGAGAUUUAGCUUCAUUCGGACUGUCAACGUCUUUCUUUCAACGAUGAACUCGUUCAGAAUUUUCUGCUAAUAAGAAUAAGCUUGAAAUCAAUGACAUAAUGAUGAUGUAAGAUCUGAAACUGAGACGCAAACAUUUACUGUAUUAUUGUUUAUUACUUUAUUUCUGAUGUUUUUUUUUUU